GGCCUGUCUUGGUAUCGGCGUUCAGUCUGUGCUCACUGCUUCCGGUUACUGAAGAAAGCUGGCUGAGCCUUUUCGUCGUCAAGGCGACGUCGCUCUUCAGGGUUUGAUAUUGUUGCAAGGAUGGUGAAUGUCUUGAAAGGAAUACUAAUAGAAUGUGACCCGGCAAUGAAGCAGUUCCUUCUGUACUUGGAUGAGUCCAAUGCCCUGGGGAAGAAGUUUAUCAUACAAGACUUGGAUGAAACACAUGUCUUUGUAUUAGCUGAGAUGGUUAACUGCCUUCAGGAGAAAGUGGGAGAAUUAAUGGACCAAAAUUCUUUUCCCAUUACACAGAAAUAGACAGCAGAGCUGAGAUUAUCUUUGUCAGAUUGGAGUCAGUAGAUAUGUAUUUUUCUGUCACUUACUUGAAGGGAUUUUGGCAGAUGUCACUGUAAUAACUGAACUGUUUAUUUAAAUUAAUUUUUUCAUAAAUUAACUUUGUUUUCAGUGUGGAAGAUACUCAUAGGCAGCAAUUUUGAUAGUAGCCAGUAAAGUCUGUCACCACAAGUGAUUUCAGAGUUUACUAAUUUUGAAUUUGUUACAUUUUUUGUCUAGGGGAAAAAUCACAGCUUUCUCUGUUACUUUUUGUUAGAAUUACCCAUAAUAGAGAAGAUGAUCUUA